AUGCUCUGUGGGCGGUGUGGAGGGCGCGUCAUUAAAAUAGUUUCUGAGAGCAACAGCACACCACAUCUGAGGUUCCACCCUCUUCCAGCAUCUAACCACAUCAAGAGCGUCUCACUUAGAAGCGGCCACCAGAACAAGGCGGCAUGCACACAGCUCUCUCAUGUUUGGCUGCAGUCUGAGUCGAGCAUGGCCCAGCACAACCUCAGUCUUCCCCUAAACGCUGCUGUUUUAUGGCUGUCCGGGCACAGGGUCACAUCCACGGGAGGGAUUUCUACAGCUACAGAGGAGUGGGACCGCGGCUCGGAUGUGACUUCUGCUGGACGCUUGAUGCGGCUCUACCGCUCGUGUCAGGCCAGCCAUGUCACAAUGCUGAUGCUCGUACCUCUGCUGCUGCUGCUGAGCGCGUUGGAUCCAGGCAGUGCGCGGGUGUCCUGCGGCCCUGGGCAGAAGGCCUGCGACCCCCGGCGGCGGAGGGAUGCCGGAGGCCGCGGAGGAGUUUACGAGCACCUCGGAGGAGCGCCCAGGCGAAGGAAGCUCUACUGCGCAACCAAGUAUCAUUUACAAAUACACCCCAACGGGAAGAUAGACGGAUCACUGGAGGAGAAUAACCCGUACAGCAUCAUGGAAAUCACAGCAGUGGAUGUGGGAGUGGUGGCCAUCAAAGGGCUGUUCUCAGGCAGAUACCUGGCCAUGAAUGACAAGGGCCGGCUCUACGCCUCUGAAACCUUUAACAGAGAGUGUGAGUUUGUGGAGAGGAUUCAUGAGCUGGGAUACAAUACAUAUGCCUCCCGUCACCACUCCACAGAACAGCCUCUGCCCACAGGGGGCGCUGCAGGCAGCCGGCGACGCGCCAGCGCUAAGCGACAGUGGUACGUGUCCAUAAACGGAAAAGGCCGGCCGAGGAGAGGCUUCAAAACAAGGAGUACAGACAAAGCCUCGCUCUUUCUGCCCCGAGUGCUGGCACACAAAGACCAUGAGCUGGUGCGCCGGCUCCGGGAGAGCCAGAGCGCCCAGCACACGCACCAGCACCAACACACGCACCAGCACCAACACACGCACCAGCACAGUGGGCGCGAACGCCGGAGGAGGAGGCAUCGCAGCCGCAGAGGCAAAGAGCCGCGCGCACUGGACUAA